UAUUCCUUUUUCUUGACAGGUGGUACAAAAGUUGAAGAAGUCAAUUUGAGGAGCUGCUUACCAGCAGAUCAGUGCAUCUCUAGGUCAAUGAACUUUGGAAUUGCAAGGUCAAGCACUGAAUGCUGUAAAACUGACCUCUGCAAUUCUCAGAAGACUCCAGAGUUAAAUACAAAUAUGACUCCCAACGGGAAGAAGUGUUUCACCUGUGAAGGAGAUGACUGCACAAAACAGCUGUCCUGUGUUGGAAAUGAGGACCGUUGUAUUAAAGCAACAGCUACAGUGAGCGAGCAGACACUCACUGUGAAAGGAUGUGCCUCCCGCAAUGUCUGUGCAGGAGACCUGUCGGCUCAGCUAGGCUUUGUGGCUGUUGGGCUGAACUGCUGUAAGGGGAACCUGUGCAAUAGUGCCAAGAGUGUGGGGCAGAGUGUCCUGCUCUUGCUGGGGUCUCUCAUCUCUGUCCUGCUCUUCCACUGAAUGGUGUGCUUCUCGGAGUCUCUCGGAUCACAGCUCACCUGCCCCAUCUCUGAAAAUGGGAGGCCAUUUAUGAAUGUGUGCUCGUUGCGCGCAGGCUUGGAUGUUUUGGUUUAAAGGUAGCACAAUAUA